AUGUUGCUGGUCGUGCUACUCGUCGUUUUGGUGCCAUCGGUGACAGCACAGUGCUCAUUCAGCAAAGGAGACAUCAGUGCGCGUUGGCAGGUCGCAAACGACGAGUUGACCGUGGAAUUCGUGAACAAGAAGAUCGGCAACAAUCAAUGGACAGCGAUAGGGUUUGGCCCUGGCAUGAGCAAUCUCGAAGUGGUGGUCGUGAAAAUUCAAGGCAACAAACCGUCGCUGGUCACCGGUCACACAGAUGGCUACGAUGCACCAAAACUGGAUUCUGCCGCUAACGUCGUACCCAAGCUACUCAGUUUCAAUACUAACCAGCUGACUCUUCGCUUCACUCGACCACUGUCAUCAAAUGGCUCAAGGAAACACUCCCUAGAAAAUUGCCAAAAGUGGAAUUUCGUAAAAGAAGGCGCUCUGGAAGACGGUAAAAUCGGUUUGCACAAGCAAGCGCCUUCUUCGAUGACGGUUUGCCCGAAGGAUUGUACGAAGAGUAUCAUUAAUUAA